AUGCCCUCAGCCUUCUGCCACCCUCCUGUAAGCACAAGGUCCACCGCCUACUGCCACCCUCCUAUUAGCACAAGGUCCACCGCCUACUGCCACCCUCCUGUUAACAAAAGGCCCUCCGCCUUCUGCCACCCUCCUGUUAACACAAGGUCCUCAGCCUACUGCCAACCUCCUGUUAGCACAAGACCCUCCGCCUACAGCCACCCUCCUGUAAGCACAAGGUUCACCACCUACUGCCAACCACCUGUUAGCACAAGGCCCUCCGCCUACUGCGACCCUCCUGUUAACACAAGGUACACCGCCAAAUGUCAUCCCCCUGUUUGGACAAGGCCCUCUGCCUUCUGCAACCCUCCUGUCAACACAAGGCCCUCCGCCUUCUGCGACCCUCCUGUAAACACAAGGUCUACCACCAUCUGCCACCCUCCUGUUAACACAAGCAUCAAGUCCACCGCCUACUGCCACCCUCCUGUUAACACUAGGGACUCCGCCUACUGCCACCCUGCUGCUAGCACAAGGCCCUCCGCAUUCUGCCACCAUCCUGUAAGCACCAGGUUCACCGCCUACUGCCACCCUCAUGUUAGCACAAGGUCCACUGCCUACUGCCACCCUCCUGUUAACACAAGGCCCUCCGCCUACUGCAACCCUCCUGUUAACACAAGGUCCUCAGCCUAUUGCCACCCUCCUGUUAGCACAAGACCCUCCGCCUACAGCCACCCUCCUAACAAGGCCCUCCGCCUACUGCCACCCUCUGUUGUCACAAGGCCCUCCGCCUACUGCCACCCUCCGGUAAACACAAGGUCCUCCGCCUACUGCCACCCUCCUGUAAGCGCAAGGUCAACCGCCUUCUGCCACCCUCCUGUUAACACAACGCCCUCCGCCUACUGCCACCCUCCUGUUAACACAAGGUCAUCAGCCUACUGCCACCGUCCUGUUAGCACAAGACCCUCCGCGUACAGCCACCCUCCUGUUAACACAAGGUCAACAGCCUACGGCCAUCCACCUGUUAACACAAGGUCCACCGCCUACUGCCACCCUCCUGUUAGCACAAGGUCCACCGCCUUCUGCCACCCUCCUGUUAAGACAAGGUCCACCGCCUACUGCCAUCCUCCUGUUAACACAAGGUCCACCGCCUUCUGCCAACCUCCUGUUAACACAAGGCCCACCGCCUACUGCCACCCUCCUGUUAACACAAGGUCCUUCGCCUACUGCCAUCCUCCUGUUAACACAAGGCCCUCCGCCUGCAAUCCUCCUGUUAACACAAGGACCUCCGCCUUCUGCCAUCCUCCUGUUAACACAAGGUACACCGCCUUCUGCCAUCCUCUAGUAAACACAAGGUACACCGUCUCCUGCGCCAUCCUCCUGUUUACACAAGGUACACCGCCUACUGCCAUCCUCCUCUUUACACAAGGUACACCGCCUUCUGCAAUCCCCCUGUUUACACAAGGACAAGGCCCUCCGCCUUCUGCCACCCUCCUGUUAACACAAGGUACACCGCCUUCUGCCACCCUCCUGUUAGCACAAGGCUCUCCGCCUACUGCCAUCUUCCUGUUAACACAAGCACAAGGCCAACCGCCUACUGCCAUCCUCCUGAUAACACAAGGUCCACCGCCUACUGCCACCCUCCUGUUAACACAAGGUCCACCGCCUACUGCCAUCCUCCUGUUAACACAAUGUCUACCACCAACUGCCACCCUCCUGUUAACACAAGGUACACCGCCUUCUUCCACCCUCCUGUUAGCGCAAGGCUCCGCCUUCUGCCAUCCACCUGUUAACACAAGGCCCACCGCCUACUGCCAUCCUCCUGUUAACACAAGGUCCACAGCCUACUGCCACCCUCCUGUUAACACAAGGAACAUCGCCAUCUGUCACCCUCUUGUUAGCACAAGGCCCACCGCCUACUGCCAUCCUCCUGUUAACACAAGGUCCACCGCCUACUGCCACCCUCCUGUUAACACAAGGUCCACCGCCUACUGCCAUCCUCCUGUUAACACAAGGUCCACCGGCUACUGCCACCCUCCUGUUAGCAAAAGGUCCACCGCCUACUGUCACCCUCCUGUUAGUGCAAGGUCCACCGCCUUCUGCCACCCUCCUGUUAGCGCAAGGUCCAACAACAACUGCCACCCUCCUGUUAGCACAAGGUCCACCGCCUACUGCCAUCCUCCUGUUAGCACAAGGUCAACCGCCUACUGCCACCCUCCUGUAAGCAUCACGUCAAGCGUCUACUGCCACCCUCCUGUUAACACUAGGGCCUCCGACUACUGUCACCCUCCAGCUAGCACAAUGCCCUCAGCCUUCUGCCACCCUCCUGUAAGCACAAGGUCCACCGCCUACUGCCACCCUCCUAUUAGCACAAGGUCCACCGCCUACUGCCACCCUCCUGUUAACAAAAGGCCCUCCGCCUUCUGCCACCCUCCUGUUAACACAAGGUCCUCAGCCUACUGCCAACCUCCUGUUAGCACAAGACCCUCCGCCUACAGCCACCCUCCUGUAAGCACAAGGUUCACCACCUACUGCCAACCACCUGUUAGCACAAGGCCCUCCGCCUACUGCGACCCUCCUGUUAACACAAGGUACACCGCCAAAUGUCAUCCCCCUGUUUGGACAAGGCCCUCUGCCUUCUGCAACCCUCCUGUCAACACAAGGCCCUCCGCCUUCUGCGACCCUCCUGUAAACACAAGGUCUACCACCAUCUGCCACCCUCCUGUUAACACAAGCAUCAAGUCCACCGCCUACUGCCACCCUCCUGUUAACACUAGGGACUCCGCCUACUGCCACCCUGCUGCUAGCACAAGGCCCUCCGCAUUCUGCCACCAUCCUGUAAGCACCAGGUUCACCGCCUACUGCCACCCUCAUGUUAGCACAAGGUCCACUGCCUACUGCCACCCUCCUGUUAACACAAGGCCCUCCGCCUACUGCAACCCUCCUGUUAACACAAGGUCCUCAGCCUAUUGCCACCCUCCUGUUAGCACAAGACCCUCCGCCUACAGCCACCCUCCUAACAAGGCCCUCCGCCUACUGCCACCCUCUGUUGUCACAAGGCCCUCCGCCUACUGCCACCCUCCGGUAAACACAAGGUCCUCCGCCUACUGCCACCCUCCUGUAAGCGCAAGGUCAACCGCCUUCUGCCACCCUCCUGUUAACACAACGCCCUCCGCCUACUGCCACCCUCCUGUUAACACAAGGUCAUCAGCCUACUGCCACCGUCCUGUUAGCACAAGACCCUCCGCGUACAGCCACCCUCCUGUUAACACAAGGUCAACAGCCUACGGCCAUCCACCUGUUAACACAAGGUCCACCGCCUACUGCCACCCUCCUGUUAGCACAAGGUCCACCGCCUUCUGCCACCCUCCUGUUAAGACAAGGUCCACCGCCUACUGCCAUCCUCCUGUUAACACAAGGUCCACCGCCUUCUGCCAACCUCCUGUUAACACAAGGCCCACCGCCUACUGCCACCCUCCUGUUAACACAAGGUCCUUCGCCUACUGCCAUCCUCCUGUUAACACAAGGCCCUCCGCCUGCAAUCCUCCUGUUAACACAAGGACCUCCGCCUUCUGCCAUCCUCCUGUUAACACAAGGUACACCGCCUUCUGCCACCCUCCAGUAAACACAAGGUACACCGUCUCCUGCGCCAUCCUCCUGUUUACACAAGGUACACCGCCUACUGCCAUCCUCCUCUUUACACAAGGUACACCGCCUUCUGCAAUCCCCCUGUUUACACAAGGACAAGGCCCUCCGCCUUCUGCCACCCUCCUGUUAACACAAGGUACACCGCCUUCUGCCACCCUCCUGUUAGCACAAGGCUCUCCGCCUACUGCCAUCUUCCUGUUAACACAAGCACAAGGCCAACCGCCUACUGCCAUCCUCCUGAUAACACAAGGUCCACCGCCUACUGCCACCCUCCUGUUAACACAAGGUCCACCGCCUACUGCCAUCCUCCUGUUAACACAAUGUCUACCACCAACUGCCACCCUCCUGUUAACACAAGGUACACCGCCUUCUUCCACCCUCCUGUUAGCGCAAGGCUCCGCCUUCUGCCAUCCACCUGUUAACACAAGGCCCACCGCCUACUGCCAUCCUCCUGUUAACACAAGGUCCACAGCCUACUGCCACCCUCCUGUUAACACAAGGAACAUCGCCAUCUGUCACCCUCUUGUUAGCACAAGGCCCACCGCCUACUGCCAUCCUCCUGUUAACACAAGGUCCACCGCCUACUGCCACCCUCCUGUUAACACAAGGUCCACCGCCUACUGCCAUCCUCCUGUUAACACAAGGUCCACCGGCUACUGCCACCCUCCUGUUAGCAAAAGGUCCACCGCCUACUGUCACCCUCCUGUUAGUGCAAGGUCCACCGCCUUCUGCCACCCUCCUGUUAGCGCAAGGUCCAACAACAACUGCCACCCUCCUGUUAGCACAAGGUCCACCGCCUACUGCCAUCCUCCUGUUAGCACAAGGUCAACCGCCUACUGCCACCCUCCUGUAAGCAUCACGUCAAGCGUCUACUGCCACCCUCCUGUUAACACUAGGGCCUCCGACUACUGUCACCCUCCAGCUAGCACAAUGCCCUCAGCCUUCUGCCACCCUCCUGUAAGCACAAGGUCCACCGCCUACUGCCACCCUCCUAUUAGCACAAGGUCCACCGCCUACUGCCACCCUCCUGUUAACAAAAGGCCCUCCGCCUUCUGCCACCCUCCUGUUAACACAAGGUCCUCAGCCUACUGCCAACCUCCUGUUAGCACAAGACCCUCCGCCUACAGCCACCCUCCUGUAAGCACAAGGUUCACCACCUACUGCCACCCACCUGUUAGAACAAAGCCAUCCGCCUACUGCAACCCUCCUAUUAGCACAAGGUCCAUCGCCUACUGCCACCCUCCUGCUAACUCAAGGUCAACCAAAUACUGCCUACUUCCUGUUAGCACAAACUCCACCACCUACUGA